AGUUUAAGACUUCUAUAAGCUUAAAACCUCCAGAGUCCCAGUUCCAAAAAAAAAAAAACCUCCAGAGACCCAAAGCAUGAACCAGCAAUAUAUUUUUACUUGAUUUUUUUUUUUUUUUUUUGAGAAGCUAGAUUUUAACUUUAUUUACAUUUCUUUUCUUGUGAUUUUAAUAUAUAUAUAUAUAUAUAUAUAUAUACAUUCGUAUAUUUAUGUACUUUAAAUUUGACAUUAUUGUUGUGCAUUCCCAUAUAUUGUUGUUUCGCCCCUGGAAGGGUUGUUGUGUUUAUUCUACAGUGUUCCGCCUUCCCGAGUUGCUGGUGGUCUGUUGUGUUACUAGUCCCUGUCUGUUGAUAGCUGUUGCUGUGUCUUUGUACCUUGUCCCUUUAGCGGUCUAUUGUCUUCUGACCUUUUGACUCUUGCUUGUUGUGUUUUUUUUUGGAUACGUUGCCGUUGUUCCUGACACAAGCGUAAAAGAUCCCCAGAACCAAACAGUAAUUCCCGUCAAGCUAGGAGAGCGUUAGGGUAUGAGCGGUAGGAUUGCCUUCGGUUGUCACACAACGAUGUCAAGAAGGAAAAACAUGACAAGUGAGUGUUUAGAAGCUAGUUCUGUUAGUGAGUAUCAUCAUCAUUAUUCUGUUAAUAAUGAAAAUACUUGUUCUCUUUGUUGUUAUGAUGAUAAUGAUACUCACUCUGUUGCUUGUUAUUCUAGUGAUAGUGAUGAUGACGACGACGACGACGACGACUAUCAUAAUAGUAAUCAUUCUUGUUAUUCUAGUGAUAGUGAUGAUGAUGAUGACGACGACUAUUAUAAUAGUAAUCAGUCUUGUUAUUAUAAUAGUAAUCGUUCUGUUGAAAGUCGUGUCAUUGGAAAACUUCCAAAUUAUUUUAAAAAGAGAAAAAAUCCCCCCAAAAAAGGAGAAGAUGUUACUACUUCUAUUUUCAAAACUCCUGUUACUCUAAAGGUUCCCCCAAAACCUUUUGAAUUUGAUUAUAUUGCUUUGUUUAAUGAAUAUAAAUCUCCAAAAAACAAGGAAAAGAGAGAUUGCUACCAUGCUUCUUUUGACCGAAUGGAGAAGAUUCGCAUCGGAGAAAAAUGGAUAGAAAAGAUGCAUGCUUUGCAAAAGCACAUUUUAUUUUUUGAUUUUAUUGAAAAUUAUUAUACUUCAAAAUCUGUUGUUUCUACAAAGAAACCUGUUACUCCUGUUGAUUCUUUUAAGAAACCUGUUUCUUCUACAAUUGAAUUGGUUGAUAAAAUGCUUGCUGAAUUACAAAAAGAAAAAAUGCCAGCUGCUAAUACUCCUGUUUCAAAGCCUCUUGUUUCUACCAAGAAACCUGUUGUUUCUGCAAAGAAACCUGUUACUUCUGUUGAUUCUUUUCAGAAACCUGUUUCUUCUACAAUUGAAUUGGUUGAUAAAAUGCUUGCUGAAUUACAAAAAGAAAAAAAGCGAGCUGCUAAUACUCCUGUUUCAAAGCCUCUUGUUGCUACCAAGAAACCUGUUGUUUCUGCAAAGAAACCUGUUAUUCCUGUUGAUUCUUUUAAGAAACCUGUUUCUUCUACAAUUGAAUUGGUUGAUAAAAUGCUUGCUGAAUUACAAAAAGAAAAAAUGCCAGCUGCUAAUACUCCUGUUUCAAAGCCUCUUGUUUCUACCAAGAAACCUGUUGUCAUAAAAGAAAAAUAAGAAACACCUUCUUCUAGUAACACGUGUACUUAGAAAAUAUGCUGUUUUCACAAAAAUUGGUCCUCCAACCACUGCCCCUCAUAUUAUUGUUUCAAAAACUGAUCCUGUUGAUUUUAUAAAAUCAGCUUCUUCCCAAAGUGGGAUAGAUAGUAAAAUGUUUCCUGAUCCGAAAGAAGGAAAAACCUUCUCGACAAAUGCUUCUGAUGAUAUCAAUGUUGUUUCGAAAUCUGAUUCCUUUCAUCCUAGGCCAAUGUUGCUGUUAGGCUUUUCCAGGCCCUUGCCACCUUGAUCUGUUGUUUUUGUCCUCAGAAUACCGAAGACUGCCACGUCAGCACAAACUGACAAAACUGGUACCAAAUUAUUGCUGCUACCUCCAGACGUGUUACUGUUCACCAACAGUUUUUACGGCUGCUUUCGGCUGAUUUACCCUUGUGAAAGGAAUAGUAAAAGUAUUGUUCACUGUUACUAUUUACUCCGUGACUUUGCUGCUACUGUUCACCCGAGAUUGCUGCUGCCGCUAUUUCACACUGCAAAUAGUGCCUGUUAUUACCUCUAUAAGGCAUGCUUCAUUUCAUUUGUAAUCAGAAUGCUUCAUAAGGCAUGCUUCAUUUCACACUCAA